AACAAAACAACAUUGUUACCUAUUCCAUCCUUCUAGUAUACCAGACUAACCAAAUACCAAAAACCGGCGAUUGUCAAAAAAAUAGAAAAGACCUUGUAUCAUAAAGAUGGAAUCUACUCAAUCUGUUGCUGAACCACUGGAUUUGGUUCGCCUUUCACUUGACGAAAAUGUUUAUGUAAAGUUACGAGGAGAUCGUGAAUUGAAUGGACGCCUUCAUGCUUAUGACGAGCAUCUGAAUAUGGUUCUAGGAGAUGCUGAAGAGAUCAUCACAAUUAUUGACGAAGAAGAAACCGCUACAGGAAAAGCAUUCAAACACAUUCGAAAACAUUACGAGAUGCUUUUUGUUCGUGGUGAUUCCGUUAUCCUCAUUGCACCCCCUCGUACCUAAAGUUUGACCUCCCUUCACCUGUACCACUCUGCUUUCAAUCUUUUGAUCUAUUAUUAUGAAUGUGAUAUGUUAAUUCCCAUAGCAUCCAUAUGGAGUAUUUUGUUUUGCUAGCCUGGGAUAAAUUUGGUUUUUGGGAAUUAAUUUAAAGCUCUCCAUUUUUAUUUGCCUACCCUCAUACAUUCAGACAGGAAAAGAAGUUUGAUUGGUUUAUGUCAUAUUACAAUUUAUUUGUACAUCUCAGCACCUUCUUGAUUUUAUAGAAGUCUUCGACCACUUAAACCUCUAUGCAACCUUUG